UUCACAUUUCCCAACACUCAAAAUCGGAAUUUUAUUAAACAACACGCUAAAAAAUCAAAUACUUUCUAUUACGGGUCGACCGGCUAUUUAUUUUCCUGAAUUGUAGCAAUAGGAUAAAGCCGGCAAGAUGGGGCGCCGCUCCAUCAACACCACCAAGAGUGGGAAAUACAUGAAUCCCACGGAUCAGGCGCGCAAGGAGGCUCGCAAAAAGGAGCUCAAGAAGAACAAGAGACAGCGCCAAAUGGUCCGGGCAGCUGUCCUGAAGAACAAGGAUCCCUCCCAGAUACUCGAAGAAAUGGAGAAAAUCGACGAAAUGGAGUACAAUGUCCUGCAGCCAUCGCCGCUUAAUGAGAAGGUGUUGCGGGACAAGCGCAAGAAGCUGAAGGAGACCUUCGACCGUGUCAUGCGACUAUACCAUAACGACGAGCCGGAGCACUGGGCAGACUUGAAACGCAAGGAGGUGGAGUACGAAAAGAAGCGCCUGAAGAAGCAGCAGUACUAUGAGAGCGUCAAGCACGCCCAGAGCGUUCAGGUCGAUGAAAUUCCCCUGCCAGCGCCUGUUAGCUCCGCCGCAUCGGGUGGUGCUGCCCCGGUGCCAAGUGGGCCCGGAGCCGGUGGCAGCUUUGGUGGUGCCACCGGUAUACGAGUUCCCCCACCUCCGAUGACCAUGGCACUGCCGCCCUAUGCUCCUGGCGCUCCGCCGGGUGUGGCCAAAAAUAGCGAACUGAAUGCCAGCGAAGGGCCACCAGAGAAAUCCAAAGACGAUGAGGACUGGCUGGGUGUACCGCCAGGCCCGCCGCCCGACUUGUUCGCCAUGGCCGAACUGGACUCGGAUGCCGAGGGCAAUACGGACUACGACGGCGAGGCCGAGGAGGAGGAGAGGGAGAAGGAGCACAGCGAUAAGCUGAAGAGGAGCAAGGACAAGGAUAAGGAGGCUUCAGAGCCCAGUACACAAAACAUCGAUGAUUUUAUGAAGGAAAUGGAACACGUACACAAGCGGAAGCAUCGCAAGCUGGCCGCUCCGGAAGAUGAUGAUGAUGAUGAUGACGAUGAGGCGGACAAGGAUGACGAUGAGGACGACGAGCACGAUGACCCGGAGAAGGACAAAAAGUCUGUAAGCAGCAGCGACAGUGACGACGAGGACGAUGAUCCGGAUGAGGACGAGGAAAUGUCCGAACCGCCGCCCAAAGCAGCUCCACCCAAGCCGGCUCCCAGCUCUGCACCCAUCCAGCCAGCUCCCGCUCCUCCGACGGCGCCCACACUGCCGGCGAUUCCCCUGCCACCGGCAUCCUCCGUGCCCGCGCCACCCCAGCUCCCCCAAAUGCCGCCGCUGCACAAUCUCGGACCACCGGGCAUUAUGUACCGCCCGCCGCCCAUGCGUCCGCCGCACUCGGGCUCCGGAUUCGGCAUGCGCAUGCCACCGGGACCACCGCCCGGCGCACGACCACCACAUCUAGGACCAAUACCACGCAUGGGCAUUCGCAUGCCGCCGGGUCCGCCACCGGGACUACCACCCCGUAUGGCGCAUCACAACAAACCGGGCAUCGGAGGAACAGGUGGUGGUCCAGGCUCGGGUCCACCCAAGGACUCGGCCAAGGGCGUGACCACCAUUACAGCCAAGCCACAAAUUAGGAAUCUAAGCGCAGAUGUGACCCGUUUUGUGCCCUCCACAUUGCGGGUGAAGCGAGAGGAUCAGCGGCGUUCGGCGCGACCGAAACAUGCAUCCGGAGACUCCAAUCACGGCCAGUCGGAGGGGGGACACAGCAAGCCACCGACCAAGGACGAUGCCUAUCUGCAGUUCAUGAACGAAAUGCAGGGCCUGUUGUAGCCCACGUCCUGGCAACGGCUCUGGAUGCGGAUCUGGCUGUAAAUUGUUUUAGUCUAAGUCCUAGAAAA